CGCGUGGGACGGAUGUGUUUCAGUUAUUAGAACAAUCGACUUUUAUUCGAGAUAAUUAAUCAAUUAGGUUAACCUGUUUGUUGUUAAUUAUUUGAGACGUUUGUGUGUCGUGUUUUUUUGUUUAAGAGUACAGUAAUAUUAAGAUGAAAAUAGGUUGUGAAACAAGUGUACAGGAUCGCUCUAAAAGAGGUUGAAUAUUAAAAAUAAAACAGACUGUUUCCAGAGGGUUGCGUCAGGAUAAAGGAAAAAUGAAAAUGAGUGCGUAUAUUAAGUCGUGACGUCAGAACAAGCGCUGUGGACCUCAGCUGCACGUCGCUCACUGAUAAAACAAGAUGGCCGACCCUGACGCCUUCGAUGACGAGAAGCUGGUGGUGGGGGGUCCGAACCAGCGGAACUGGCGCGGUAUUCUCAUCGCACUGCUGGUGAUUGUACUCGUGUUAGCGUUGAUUGUCACCUCCGUGGUACUGCUCACCCCACCCGACGAGGGGCCGAGAGUCAGGGGUCGCCGCUUACGCAUCCAGGACCUGCUAACUGAUGAACUGGUGCCCGUGCGAUGGAAUGGCACCUGGAUAUCAGGUGAUGAAUAUGUAUAUAGAGAUGCGUGGGGUGGUAUCAGCCUCAUGUUCGCAGCUAAUCAGACCUCCAAAACACUCAUGCCAAACACUACAUUUAGAGUACUAGAACCAGCCUCAUUCUCGCUGUCCGCUGACCGUCGAUUUCUAUUGCUGGCCCAGAGCCUGCGUCAACUGCACCGAUAUUCCUACCUCGCUAGAUACACCGUAUAUGACAUACUGACCACAGAAUCCUAUCCCCUCACACCUUUACCUGACGAGGUAGGUGGAGGUGUUAUCACCGAGGGUCCGUACCUCCUCCUUGCGAUGUGGACCCCCAAGGGUCACGGGCUUAUUACCGUACGAGACUACGAUAUCUACUACAGACCGGCUCCGAGAUCCUCCACUGGGUAUCGUGUCACCGAGACGGGGAAAGCCGGCACAAUAUACAAUGGUGUACCUGAUUGGUUGUAUGAAGAAGAGAUCCUCAAGUCGCGUACUGCUCUGUGGAUGUCUGGUGACGGUCACAUGGUGUUGUAUGCCACAUUCAACGAUAGUCUGGUACGCGAGCAAAGGUUCCCCUGGUACGGCGCUGCGCUCGACACAGACGAUCCUGCUAAGACGUACCCGGAGAUAAAGAGCGUGAGGUAUCCAAAGCCUGGCACCAACAAUCCCACAGUGAAGCUGACGGUUGCAGACAUCGCAGACCCCAAGCACAUCCGCACGAGGCAUCUCACACCCCCAAAAGUUAUACUCGAACAGGGGGAUUACUACUUAACGAGCGCGCAGUGGGUGUCGCUGACAGAAGUAUGCGUGGUGUGGCUCACUCGUAUCCAGAACCUCUCCGUCGUGUCCGUAUGCAAGAGCCCCAUGUGGAACUGUCAGGAGGUGUACAGGAUAACAUCUGGCAGUGAGAGCUGGGUGGAGACCGCGCCAGCCCCGCUGUGGUCGGCUGGCGGCGGUGCGCUAGUGACACUGGCUCCAGUACGCGACGGGCCCGCCGGCCUCUUCCGACACGUGGUGCGCGCUGAACACAACGCGCACGGCCCCCGCGCGCUGCCCCUCACGCACGGCAGCUUUGAUGUGGUGAAACUGCUCGCAUGGGACCAUACCAAUCAGCACAUCUAUUACCUAGGCAUACCGGAAGGCAAGGCAGGCCAGCAGCACCUGUACCGAGUGUCUGCGGAGGCACCUCGACCUGGCACACCUCAGAAGCUACCAUACUGCGUCACUUGCAACUCGCAACCAUCUCCGUCCAUCAACCUGGAGUACUACGGCAGCUUGGCAUCAUCUGGUGAGAGCCCCUGGGACGCUGAUUGGGACGAGCUGCCCGCCACCUCGCCCACAAGCGCCAAGAAGAAGAAAAAGAAGUAUCCAGACGGUGUCCCUCCUCAGAAUACGCCUUGCUUAUACCACGAGGCACACUUCAGCCCGAGCGCGGCGUUCUUCGUGCUGGAAUGCCUCGGCCCCGGCGUGCCCACCGCCAGCCUGCACAGGAUCGCUCUCCCAGAACCUCGCCUGCUCAUGCAUCUUGAGAAUAAUACUGCUGUUAAGGAGCGUCUAUCAGCUAUAGCGCUGCCGACACCUCGCACAUUCUCAGUGCAGUUGUCGAGCGGACACGCGGCGCGAGUGCGCUUGCUGCUGCCGCCCGGUCUCAGGGAGGACGAGGUCACCAAGUAUCCACUUGUUCUUAAAGUACAUGGUGCGCCGGGCAGUCAGCUGGUGACAGAGCAGUGGGCACUGGACUGGGGCUGGCUGGCGGCGGGCGCGGGCGCCGUCGUGGCCGCAGUGGACGCGCGCGGCGCCGGCGGCCGCGGCCUCGCAGCGCACCACACUCUGCACCGCCGCCUUGGCACUGUUGAGCUGGCCGACCAACUGGAGGUCGCAGAGUACUUGCGAGACUCGCUGCACUUCAUAGACGCGCGGCGCGUGGCGGUGUGGGGGGAGGCGCACGGCGGCUUCCUGGCGGCACUGGCGCUCGCCAGUCCACUGAAUGUCUUCCAUUGCGGUGUUGUGCUGACGCCUAUAGUUCGUUGGCGGUAUUACGCGUCGGCUUACGCGGAACGGUACAUGGGUUUUCCGAACGCGACGGGCAACUACCGGGGCUACGCGGACGCCGACGUGACGAAGCAGGCGGCGGCGCUGCACGACAAGAUGCUGCUCCUGGUACACGGCGCCGCUGACGACAUCGUGCACGUGCAGCAGACCAUGGCGCUCGCCCGCGCGCUCGCUGACCAGGGCAGCAUGUUCCGGCAGCAGAUCUAUCCGGACGAGGGUCACAGUCUGCGAGGCGUGCGGCGACACUUGUACCGCACCAUGUCCUCAUUCCUGGACGACUGUUUCCGUAAGCAAGUACCUCCGGAGACAAAGGCGGGACUCAGGAACGGCGGCAACCUUGACUGAGAUACGUGGAAAGAUGAGGAGCUCUACACUUGGUGAGGUGACACUAUACGGUCAGUUAUAGAAAUCGACGGACAAAGUAAACAGUAGUACAACACAUUCAUAUCUCUACAAAUUUUAACAUUUACCUUACCAAAGAAGAACCCAUCUUUGUGAUAAACAAUUUAAAUUAAUAGCUCUAGUUGAUAGAAAAGAGCUUUUGUUUAGCGAUUUAAAACUUUAAGAAGAUUAUGAACUUCCAAAGUAAUUUUCAAUUAGUUAAAUUAAUGCUUGAAAGGUCUGACGUUUAUAGUUUAACUAUACUUGAGAACUCUUCCUUGCAUUGUCCUAAGACAUCUGGUGAUAUCUCACAAC